AUGGCCAAACCUCAGCCCUCCUGGGCUCUCGGCGUCCCGGGCCCCGACACACCCGCAUCGCCGCGAACCAUGCGAACCCUCCGAAAGAUCCAAUCCCACCAAGUGCUGUCAACCUCUAGCGCGCUCAUUGCCCAGACCCAGGCCUCUCGCCAAGCUGGCUCCCAUGAAGCUGACCCCUCAGCAGCAACUCCUGGUGCUGCAACCCGAGCGCGCGCACAUCGCCGAGCUCGAUCAAAUAGCGACGCGGCUUCUCGCGAAGCGGCAGCAACACCACCUGCGAAUCAGAGACGACCCGCGCGGAAAACAGGGUCCGGAAUUGGUGUAAAGCGAUCGCUCUUGGAGAAUCUCCUGCGCGAUGGACCACAGAGUUCAAAUCCCCACGAGGGACUGCGAGAGCUCAAAUACCUCGUCCUAUCCAGCAGAGUAGAUGCUGACGGAGAUGGCAUGUCGCCAUACCGAAUUUACCUGUGGUUGGUCCUCCUCAACGUUCCUCCUAUGCCAACCGAUGACUACCUUGCUCUUAUCCACCGCGGCCGUUCCCCCGCUUACGCCAAAAUUCGCAACGACACUUUCCGCACACUAGCUACAGACCCUCUCUUCAAACGUCGAGUCACAGAAGCAAGCUUGAUCCGACUCCUGAACGCCGUGGCAUGGAAACUCCACGAUUCCAGGCCGAAACCCCGGUCGAGACCGUCUUCUCGGCGCCGUGAGAUGGAGCUUCUAGUGAAUGCACCACCCAGCAUUUCAGAGGAGUCCCCCUUUGGUGGGGAGCUAGAAAAGGUCACCAAUAGUACUACAAGUGAUUCGGCCAUGUACGUCCAAGGCAUGAAUGUCUUGUGUGCGCCGUUCCUCUAUGCUGCCCGUAGCGAGGUGGAGGCAUUCGCUCUUUUCCAUUACUUUGUCACACGCGAAUGUCCAGGCUAUAUUCGUGGUGCUAUGGAUGGAGUACAUAAAGGUCUUCGUUUGGUCGACCGAUGCCUUGAGAUUGUGGAGCCCAAGCUUGCAGCAUAUCUGUUCUCCAAGGGGAUGCACGCUGAGCUGUAUGCAUUCCCAUCGGUGUUGACUCUCUGCGCUUGUACGCCCCCGUUACCAGAGGUGUUGCAUCUGUGGGAUUUCUUAUUUGCGUAUGGGCCACACCUGAACAUCCUGUGCAUUGUCGCCCAGCUAAUCCGAAUGCGGGAUCUAAUUUUCGAGAGUCCGAGCCCAAACAAAAUUCUCCGCUCAUUCCCUCCCCUCGACGCAAAAGAGAUCAUUGCUUUGACAGUUCUCCUCGUCCGUAAGAUCCCAGAGGAUCUUUAUGCAGAGAUGAUUAGCCAUGCAAAAUAG